AUGGAAGCAGCGCUGAAGCCUUUAAGGCUGUUGCGGGGCACCAAGAACUUCCAGAUCAGAGACACAAGCCCGUUCGAGGAUCCGGAUAUCAUCGACCAAGAUGAGGAUGCCGUCCACUUCACUUCUGAUAUGGAAGACCACGCUGUCCUCGAGGUUACACUCACUCUCUCCGCUCAGAGCAACGAUCCUAUAGAGAAGGUGUUCGAGAUGUAUUGUAGCCUACUACGGUACGCUCAGUCAUUCGAGCAGCUUCUUCAAUUCAAACAAGAGAUGCCUCUCGAAGAAUAUCCCAAUCAACCUGUCGCAAUCGACUUCCCCGAUGGCUCCAUUGAGUCCGACUUCUUAAGCGAAUAUUUGAAUCCUUUCAAGGAACUCAACUGUAUCCACCCGGUCGAAGCUGCGUUGAUGCUCUUUCGAACCUACGCCGAUAAUGAAGCCAGCCAGCAAUUCAAGAUGGUACGUGCAGUGGUUAUUGAAUACCUGGAGCCACAGUUUUAG